GUCCAAGAUGGACAGCACAGAUGAACCUCAGAAAAAAGUCUUCAAAGCACGAAAAACAAUGAGAGUAAGUGAUCGACAACAACUUGAGGCUGUCUAUAAGGUUAAAGAGGAGCUUUGGAAGACAACUGAAGUUAAACUAUUAAAUGGAAAGCACGAGAAUGGAGAUUCCAAUAUAAAUUCCCCUUUAAGCAAUACAGAUAGUGUGGAGGACAAAAGGGAUGUCAAUGGUCUAGUGGAUUUGUGUGUUAAUUCYGAAGAAGGAAGAGCGGGAUCUGAGGAAAUCAUGGAUGUCAAAAGUCCUGAAAGCAGGGCAGAGAGCAUAGUUAAUGAACUAGAUUCUAAAGCCCAGACAUUAUCUCCAGAGAAUGUUAUUUCUGAGCAAGAUCGAGAUACAAAUGAUACAGCUUUAGCCUGUGAGGCGGAAAACGGAGGGCYUGCUAGCAAUAAAAAUGAUUUACAUGAAAAAAAUAACACAAAGAAUCAUUUGGACCAAAGAAAGAGUGACAUCCCAUCCAAUGGUGAAAUUAAACUAAACUGUGAUAUUAGUGACUCUUCAGAAGGGAAAAGCGAAGCAAAUGACUUAAUUGUUAGUUCUGAUUUACCUGUUGAAGACAAGAAAGCUGAGCAAGUGGCUGCUGGAGAUGAUGUUGGAGAAGAGGCCAUCUCUAGCAGUAUGGAAGCUGACCAGGAACCGAAGGGUGAAGGGGAUGACGCUGCAGAUCUUUCAGAAAGCACCACUGCAAAAAACGUAGAUGAGCCAAGUGAGARAGAAAGUAUCUUGGAGAAUGUGGAUUCUAUGGAAACAGAUGAAAUUAUACCAAUUCUGGAAAAGCUAGCUCCUGCUGCCGAAGAUGAACUGAGCUGUUUUUCGAAAAGUUCUCUGCUUCCAGUAGAUGACACAGUCACAGAUUUAGAAGAGAAAAUGGACAACUCCUUGGGUUCACCCUCCAAGCAGGAAAGCAAUGAAARUCUGCCUAAAGAGGCUUUCUUAGUGUUGUCUGACGAAGAGGACGCUUGUGAUGAGAAGGAGGAAGAUGCUGAAGUGAUACUAACAAACAAGUCCAGUCUUCCAGAGGAGGAGGAAGAAAGAAUGGAGACCGAGAAGGAAGAUAAAGAAAUAGAAGAGACUCAAAAAGAAGAGGAGAAACACACAGAAAGAAGUGAGCUGUCAAGGAGAAAGCGCUCUAAAUCGGAGGAUAUGGACAGCGUGCAUUCCAAACGCCGCCGCUACGUGGGAGAAGACUAUGAAGCAGAACUCCAAGUAAAAAUUACAGCGAGAAGAGACGUUGAUGAAAAAUUACAAAAGGUUAUCCAUAGACUGUUAGAAGAAAAACUGGCCGCUUUGCAGUGUGCUGUAUUUGACAAGACGCUGGCAGACUUGAAAACACGAAUAGAGAAAAUAGAAUGUAACAAAAGGCAUAAAACUGUGCUUACUGAACUGCAGGCUAAAAUUGCUAGAUUGACAAAGCGGUUUGGAGCUGCCAGGGAGGACUUGAAGAAAAGACAAGAAAAUUCAUCAAACCCACCUUCAUCUCCAGGGAAAGCAGGGGGUGACACUGCAAGCACAAACAAUGUGACAUAUCGCAGUACUGGCACAGUGAGGCAGAUGUUAGAAUCCAAGAGGAAURUAGGCGAGAGCACACCAGCAACGUUUCAAACCCCCGUGAAUACAGUGCCAGCUCCCAGUCUUGCUGCCGCUCCUCAGACAGUCAUCAGUGGACAUCCUAAGCCUCAGACUCCAGUGACCUCCAGCUCUUUGACAACAACAGUUCUUCCUACAGCAGCUAACACAGCUACAGUUGUUGGCACGAGCCAGGUGCCCAGUGGCACCACUCAGACAAUGUCUGUCUCAUUGCAGUCUUUACCAGUAAUCUUGCAUGUACCCGUUGCAGUGUCAUCCCAACCUCAGCUCCUGCAAGGCCACACAGGGACUCUGGUCACCAACCAGCAGUCAGGCAGUGUUGAAUUUAUAUCUGUACAGAGCCCAACCACUGUUGGUAGCCUUACAAAAACUCCUGUGUCUCUGGCAUCAACUAACCCAACCAAACCAAAUAACAGCCCGUCUGUGCCCAGUCCUGGCAUUCAGAGGAACUCUCCCGCCAGUGCUGGGACAAUAGGGACAACUUUGGCAGUACAGGCUGUUUCAACUGCACAUGCUGUCGCCCAGGCCACAAGGACUUCUUUGCCCACAGUGGGUACUUCAGGACUUUAUAAUGCUACCAGCGGCCGAGCUCCCCUACAGAUGAAGAUUCCCCUCUCUGCAUUUAGCAGUACAGUUCCUGCUGAACCACCCGUCACUACAGCACCCAGAGUUGAAAACCAGGCAAGCAGGCCACCAACAGAUACUUCGUCAAACAAGCGAACAGCUGAGGGAACAACACAGAGUGGGAAGGUCGCAGGAAGCGAUUCAGGAGGUGUCAUUGAUCUUACACUGGAUGAUGAAGAUGAUGGCUCUUCUCAAGCRGAGGCCAAGAAGCAGAACCAGGCAGCUGUGACAGGGUUGAGCCUGUCUGCGCAGCCCGUGGCUCGCCCCUUACAGCCCUUGCAGCCAAGCCCUCUGCAGCAGGCAGGAGUGCCAACAAGUGGACCUUCUCAGACCACAAUACAUGUAUUACCUACAGCUCCGACAACAGUGAAUGUAACACAUCGUCCAGUGACACAGGCUGCUGCAAAACUUCCCAUUCCCAGAGCGCCUGCUAACCACCAAGUGGUCUAUACCACGCUCCAUACUCCACCAGCCCAGAAUCCAGUAAGAGGAGCUGUCAUGCCAAACCCAGGCUUAAGGCCAGUUAACCCACAGAGUGGAGGCAUGACUGUCCGAAUGCCUCAAACAACUGCCUAUGUUGUGAACAACGGACUGACUCUCGGAUCUGGAGCACCUCAGCUCACGGUGCAUCACCGACCGCCGCAAGUGCACGCUGAGCCACCUCGGCCCGUACAUCCCGCCCCGCUGCCGGAGGCGCCGCAGCCGCCCCGCCUGCCCCCCGAAGCUGCCAACACUUCCCUGCCUCAGAAGCCACAGCUGAAGCUGGCCCGGGUCCAGAGCCAAAACGGCAUCGUGUUGUCCUGGAGUGUCAUGGAAGUGGACCGGAGUUGUGCCAGUGUGGACAGUUACCAUCUCUACGCCUACCACGAGGACCCAAGUGCCACCAUGCCCUCCCAGUGGAAGAAGAUAGGGGAAGUGAAGGCGCUCCCGUUACCUAUGGCAUGCACUCUUACUCAGUUUGUGUCUGGCAGCAAAUACUACUUUGCAGUCCGGGCUAAGGACAUCUAUGGACGUUUUGGACCCUUCUGUGACCCUCAGUCCACAGAUGUGAUCUCUUCCCAGAGCAGUUAGAGACCUGUAGAGCAUUUAAACGUGUCCCACUACCAAGAAUCUCCCCGGUUUGGGAGGUUCGAUCCAAUGCAUGAAAUUCACUGUUAAAUCCACUCACUGCAGGAUUACUUCGAACAGCUGUGUGAUACACUACAUGCAUUGAGAACCAAAAGAAAAAUAAAGCCUCGCCUGCAGCAAGAGAAACUCUAUUCUUGGGUAGCUCAAGUCAUGAGCUGUUAGAAAAUUUCAUAUUCCCUUCCAUGACAGCUGGUUCCGCCUAGAUACCUACCURCCCUUUAUCCAAGGGCACCCUGGACGUCCGGGGUUCUGCUUCAGAGCAGGAACAAAACAAAUUGCAGUUUGUCCGGAGCAGAGCAUAUCCAUUAGUCGUAUCUACAAAGGCUCUGACGUGAGGGCAAGAACAGCUUUGCCUCUUGCCCCCUGCUCUGUGAGCAGGCUGUGAUGUUAAAGGUGAUUCAGGGUCUGACUCCUGUACUGGAAGAUUGAGUGGUCUGAUCUCAUUUUUCAAACUGAUAUCGGCUCUCUGGGGAGAGAGAAGGAAAUUUGAGUCUGGCCAAGGCAGGAACAUGUGUAUGAAUUGGGAGGUGGUGAAAAGGAAAAGGAAACCAAACCCCACUACCUCCUACCUCUCCYCAAUAAGAGCAUUUUUUUGUUUUCUUCCAUCUUCCCCCACAGGUCUUGGGAGCAUUUCCAGGUCAGAUCUGAAACUGGAUUGUAGGGACUACAUUCACAUCUUCACUCAGAUGAUUUCUCUGCCCCUGUCUUAUACAUCCAGCCCUAUUUUUUAGUUUUAUUUUGUGCCUUAAAGAGUAAUUUCAGAAAUAAAUGUAGCCAGAUAUAUUGUGGUGUUCUUAUUCGUUUGGAGUUCUUUUUCCUUUAUCCCUCUUGCCUUUUAUAGCUGCUUUUCAUAUUCCUGCCCACAGUAAUUAGGUAUUUGUGUCAAGCCCAGGAAGUGUAACAUCUGCUGGUGCCGGAUUCAUCUUCAUCUGUAGUAUAACUCAGCACUCCUCACUGCAAUUCCUGAGUAGUUAUUUCUCUGCUGUGAAGAAUAUUAAGCAUAAAAACAGUAUUUCCCACCAGAGCCUUUCCCUGUUCUCUUGGGAAAGGCCUAUGCUGCACUUCAGCCAAAGAAGAAACCUCUGUGAUGCGGCACCACGAAAGCUGCUGCCUAUUUCACCCCGUCUGGAUGCUGAGGCCAUCCAACAAGGUACGGAGUUGGCUUCCCAGGCCCCUUCCUGUCCCGGUCACUGCCGGCCUCUGCACGAAGCUGACACCCCCAGAGCGGUUUUGAAAUUGUUCUAGACACUGGCCCCAAAAUUGGGAGCAACUGCAAGCGUUAAUGGAAUCUUUCCUGAUGAUUCUGAGCUGAGGGGAAAAAAAAAAAAAGGGAUAUAUUUGCCCCCUGUCCUGCUGUCAUGUUGCAGUUUACUUCCGAAAAAAAACAGAUACAGCAGCUUUGGGUAAGAAAGGAUAUGAAACAUUUUCAUUUCAGCACCUCUUAAGACAAAGACAGUUGUGUCAUUGGUGCCCAACAGAACCGAACAAAAUUUGGAAGGAAAAGGAUUUUUUUUUUUUCACCAUGUGACAAAAUUACGUAAUUUUUUUUUUUUCAAUUCUACUGUCUUAAAGCUGAGAUGUUUUCAAAUAUCAAUCAUGGUUGAAAAGGGCAGGAAAAAAUAAGCCCCCAAACAUGUCUGGUGAAAUACACUAUGAGGCUAUGGGUUCUUAGUUGUCUUUCCUUUGAGAACUUUUAUCAGUGAAGGAAAGGGAAUUUUGUCCAUACUGUUUCACUGUGCUUCUCUAUGUAGGUAGGAUUUUCACUUCUGCCAGGUGAGUAACAGAUAUUCUCUAUACGGAACUCGCGUUUAAG